GUCACGUGACCCAUGAGCCGGCUGGGUGGAGGUGGGGAGCUAUUGCGCAGCCGCGCCCGGAGCCCAGGUGUGUUAGAAGGGGCGGAGAGAGCCAGCGGCCCGAGCGGGCGGGGGAGCACCCGCUUGGGACAGCCGAAGAAAAAGAGGAGAAGGUUCGGGGGUCGUGUUAGCUGGCAACACCGAGAAGCUGCCAUGUCUUCCAGCGGGGCGCCCGUUACUUCUGCCGCUGUCAGCAUUCUGUCCUCCUCUACAGCCAAGACUAAGACGAAGAAGAAGCACUUCGUGCAGCAGAAAGUGAAGGUGUUCCGGGCCAGCCACCCGCUCGUCAGUGUCUUCAUGUGGGGAGUCAAUCACUCGGUCAAUGAGCUCAGUCAUGUUCCUGUUCCCGUGAUGCUUUUACCAGAUGAUUUUAAGGCUAACUCCAAAAUUAAGGUCACUAAUCACCUCUUUAACAGGGAGAAUUUACCUAGUCACUUCAAGUUUAAAGAGUACUGUCCACAAGUUUUCCGAAAUCUCCGAGAGCGUUUUGUAAUAGAUGACACAGACUAUCAGCUCUCUCUGACACGUAGUUCCCCAUACACUGAAAAUGAAGCUCAUGAUGGACGAUUUCUUCUGUCUUAUGACAAGACUCUGGCAGUGAAGGAGAUCUCCAGUGAAGAUGUGGCCAAUAUGCACAGUAUCCUUUCUGACUACCAUCAACAUAUUGUGAAAUGCCAUGGUAGCACACUCUUGCCUCAGUUUUUGGGGAUGUAUCGUUUGAGCGUAGACAAUGAAGAUUUUUACAUGCUAGUAAUGAGAAAUAUGUUCAGCCAUCGCCUCACAGUUCAUAGGAAGUAUGAUCUUAAGGGAUCCUUGGUUUCUCGAGAGGCUAGUGAUAAAGAGAAGAUUAAGGAACUUCCAACUUUGAAGGACAUGGACUUUCUAAACAUGAGCCAGAAGGUGUACAUUGAUGAGGAACAAAAGAAAGCCUUCAUGGAGAAGCUGAAGCGGGAUGUUGAGUUUCUGGUGCAGUUAAGAAUCAUGGAUUAUAGUCUCUUGCUGGGAAUUCAUGAUUUCCUCCGAGCAGAGCAAGAAGAGGAAGAGGAGAUUGAGGAGGAGGAUGCUGAGAACGAGGGAACAGUUCAUGCAAUUGUUGGUUCCUAUGGGACUUCUCCUGAAGGAAUAGCUGGCUUUCUGAACUCCCAAAGACCUCUAGGCCCUGGAGAAUUUGAGCCAAUGAUUGAUGUUUAUGCCAUCAAAAGCUCAGAAUGUGCUCCACAGAAAGAAGUCUAUUUCAUGGGACUCAUUGACAUUUUGACACAGUACGAUGCAAAGAAGAAAGCCGCUCAUGCAGCCAAAACUGUAAAGCAUGGGGCUGGUGCUGAGAUUUCUACUGUGCACCCAGAUCAGUAUGGAAAACGAUUCCUGGAGUUUGUCACCAAUAUAUUUGCGUAAAAUGUCAACCCUCACUUUUUUUCCCCCAUGGAUUCAUUGGUCUGACUAAAUUGAACAAGAAAACCUCCUCUGAAUGCCGACCUUACUUCAUGUGGUGUCCUGGACUUUAUUACAGCACUUGGAGGCAAAAUAAACCAAACCAUGGGUGCUAGAGUUAGAGCAAUAAAAGUUUAUUGACCAUCUAAAGGGGAAAAUAUCUGUAUCCAGUGGUACCAACAGCUAGGCACGCAAUUAAAGCAGUUUCACACCUUUUUCAUAUUGUUACUACAAUUUUCCCAAGCAGGUUAGGCAACAAUACGUGUCACUAGAGUCUGCCAUUAGAAAUGUUAUCUGAGUUUUUAAGUAGAUUCUGCUCAGAAUUAUUGCCUUCACUUCAGGCAGGUGUUUGGCCUGACCAUAUAGAUAACCAAAUGAGGGACCAUCUAUGGCAACUGUUCUAAGAUUACAGUAUGAGGCGGUCUCCACCAUUCAGUCUGCUUUGGGUUAGUGCCUUGUUUUCCUCCUACCCUAUGGGAGACCUCAUCGCAGUUUUCAGUGGGGAAAAAUGAACAGGAGUUUGGACCAAAAUGCAGCUGCACAGACCAUUAGCUUUUCUAAAUGCCCUCAUAGUUCCAGUUUUUCUAUAUACCUGUACACUGGGUUUUAGUACACAGAGAACAAACAAAAUUCUUAUCUGCAUUUCUAGGAUCUUAGUGAGUGCUACUUGUUUAUACAGAUGUAUACAUUUAAAUUUCAUUAUUUAUCGUUGUGUGCAUUACUUGGAGCUGACUUGUGGUGUAUUUUUAGCGGAUAAAAACUUAUAUUUAUUUUGUGCGUUUCUUGUAUUAAAUUUUUUUAAAAAGGUUUCUAUUUCUACUAAAAUAUUAGGUUUCAAGGGUUGGGCCAAGUUUUUAAAUAUCCCCCAUCAUGUGGACAGGGAAUAUCUAGUUGAUCGCUGCAGGUAUGACCAUUGGGACCCCCAGCACUCACAGGAAUGGGGAUCCUUUUUUCCCCCCGUUCUGAUGGAGCAGCAGGUCAUGCAUGCUCAUUGGCGGUCCAUUCGUUCUCUCUAGGAGUUCCGGAGACGCAAAUACAGCACUGUGGAUAGGGGAUAACUUAAAAACCUGGUACAAUCCCUUAAAGCCAGCGUUUCACCCCCAGUUAGCCAGCGCACGUAAAAGUUUUUAGCUGACGCCUAAAUAAAAAUUUUAUUUGCUUUUCAACUUUGC